AUGGCGCUGCCAAUGACGCAGCUGCUGAGGGCUGCGAAACUGCGCGCGGGCGGCCAGUUGACGCAGAUCGUGACGUGCAACCCCAAGAGCCUGGAGGACGCGCUGGUGAAGCAGUUCCAGCAGCUCGGCGAGGCGCUGGGCGUGACGGAGGUGGGGGAGGCCAUGGCCCAGCAACACUACAGCAGACUGCAGCAGUUGAAGGAGCAGGCGAGAGUAUUUGUAGAUAGUAAUGGUAGGAAAGCGAAGGUGUUGAUGGUGGAGUGGCUCGAGCCGCUGUUCCUCGGCACGAAAGGCUGGAUGCGGGAGAUCGAUGGGGGAGAAGUGGACGAGGUGGUCGUGGCACUGUGCGGACUGAGUCUGGACAAGACGGAGACGGAGCUGCUGGAAGGACGCGUCGGGGACUGGUGGACGUCGCUGCUGAAGGUUGAAGCGCAUCCGAAGGUGUUCAUUGUGGACGGCACGUCCAUGUUCACUCGUCUGACGAGGCGGCUUCUGGUGGCGCUGGAGUGGCUCGUGCACGCGCUGCAUGAACCGGAGAGCGGCUGGAUGAAGGACUCGACGUUCCCGUACAAACUCUUCGACACGUCGCUGGUUGCGAGGGAUUCGAAGGCUGAGGAGACCAAGUCGGCGGAGUUGCUGGAGAUCGAGGAGCUGCAUCAAGCUACGUGCACCAACAAGCAGGCCAUCGUACAUCUUGACGGAGCGGCAAGUUUGCUGUGGCAACGGUGCCCCUACGGCCACGCGAACGUCAAGGACCCGUCUCGGCGCAAGAACACCCUAGCUGGUAAUAUUUUCCUGCAGCCGCGUCGUCGCUCACGCGGUUUCGCGAAGGGAUCCCCGGGUGGCCAAAAGCUCUGGCCCGAAGGUGCUGACGCUGGCUCUGACGCGCAGAACGACCUUGUGGUCAUGUUUUGGAGUGGCGGGAAGGACUCAUUCUUGGCACUGGGUGCCUUGUACGAGUCUUACGCUGUUGAACAGAAGCCUAUGCCUCGCGUUGUGCUGCUUACAACGAUCGACCCGAAGACAAACGUCGUCCCUAUCCAGGACAUCCCCUCUCAGACUAUUGCAGCUCAAGCCGAAGCUCUGGAACUUCCUUUGUGCCUAGUAGCUGUGGGACUGGGAGACGAGUACUGA